AUGAGUCACUAUCGACGCUCGUCCAUGAGUCGCAUGUCGGUCAGCAGCAGCGUGGCAGCAGUACCCACUGCUCUGCGUAAUGACGCGAUCUUAUACUUGACAAUUAUGUCGGGACGUGAGUUGAAGAAGGUGCAGACGCUGGGUGAACAGGAUCCGUACUGCAGCGUCUAUUUGACAACAGGCGGAGCUGAGCAGGAGAAGGCGGCGUUCAAAACGGACACACAUGAUAACGGAGGCACGCAGCCAAUGUGGAAUGCCAAGGGACACGUUCUGAUUCCUGACAUUUCGUCGGACGUCAUUCGCUUCCGCGUUAAAAACAACAAUUGGGGCAAAAAUACGGUGAUUGGGGAAAUUGCCUUGGCGAUGCGGGACUUAUCCCGCGGACGGUCGAUGGAGAGAGAGUUUGCUUUGACCCCUAAGGGAUAUUUGAAGGUUCUUAUGUAUCUCUCGCUCGGUCAUGAAAACCCAACGUCCCAACCGCGUGUGAAGUUCGGCGAAUACCCACAACACUUCAUUCCUGGGAAGACCAAACUCUAUGUAGGACUGAUUUCCGGCAGCAAGCUGCGCGAUAUUCAGUCGUUCGGUACGCAAGACCCGCUGUGCGAGGUGUUCAUAGGACGCAGUCGCACACCAUCCGCCAAGGAUUUGGUGUACAAGACGAAAACUCAUGACAAUGGAGGUAAGAAUCCGCGCUGGAUUGAAGGUUUUACGGUCAGCGUUCGAUGUAUCGAGCACGACUUUCUAGUGAUUCGCGUCAUGAAUCAUAACACUGUGAUAAAUACGCUGAUCGGGGAGUUGUGUCUAAAGGUAGAACUGCUGAUCAGCCGCAUGUUUGAAGACAAGAGCUACCCCAUUGAAGCAGACGAUACGAUUGUUGGCCAAGUGCGACUUCAGCUCGCACUAUUCAAUGACGAGAUCAUGAACGAAGACGAGAUCCGUGACUGCGACGUCGAUGGGUGCUCCUGCACUUUGACGCAGCCAGUUCGGGCGACAAAAGUCGGCAACGUGCUGAUUGACGGUAUUUCGCCCGAUGGUGUGCAGUAUUUGGAGGCUGGCACUGCUGUACAUACUGGAUGCGAAAUUGCUGGUGACUAUGUCAUGGACAAGGAUGUGUACGAAGGCAGUAGCUGGCAAGACGAUAGAUCGGACUUGGAACAAUUAGACAGCGACGAGUGGGAAGGCGACGAGUUGUGA